GUCCUGUGGCCCUCGCGCGGGAAGACUACGUGUUCCGGCAGGCAGCGCGGCCGGGAUCGUGCCGGAGGAGGGCGAGCGGUCGCUGGGAUGCACGCACGGCUAUGGAUUCUGAAUCAAAGAACAGUUUCAUAGGAAGUUUUCUUCAGCCACCAGAUUGGAGGUUUCCUGCAGCCUUUGUUUGUGUAGAAUCAAAGUUGGCAGCUGCUGCUGGUGACAGGCCUUCUCUCCCAAAUAACCAAGCUGUAGUGGCAGCCCUGAAAGCUCUGCAGGAAAAGAUCCGCCACCUAGAGCUGGAGAAGUCACAGGCUGAAGAUAAACUGUGCAGCCUCUCCAGAGCAGCUGCUCAGUACAAGAAGAUCUUGGAGCACAAAUCCUACGAGAAGGAUGCAGCACAUCAAGAGCUGAUGCAACAGAGGAAAGAUUCAUAUAUGCAGUUAAAUGCAGCACAAUCCCGCUGCUCCCUGCUGGAGAAACAGUUGGAUUAUAUGAGAAAGAUGGUUUCCAGUGCAGAACUGGAAAAGAAAAUUAUUUUAGAACAACAGGCUCAGCUUCAGAAAGAGGAAGAUCAGAACCGGUUGGAACUGCAUGCAAAACUUGAAAAGCUUGAAAUGCUAGAAAAAGAGUGUCUUAAAGUUACUGCUGCUCAGAGAAUUGCUCAAGACAAGAUCAAACACUUAGAAGAAAAGCUGUAUAAAGAAGAGCAUCGGCAUAAACUAAUACAAGACAAAACUACUCAGCUUCAAACAGGAUUUGAUAUCAACAGAGUUUUGAUGUCUUCAGUAACAUCUCAACAUGAACCUGAAAAGGCAAAUGGGAAGAACAAAAAACUUAGGAAGAGAAAUCCUACAAUGAAGAAAAUGCAGCUUUCACAAUUACAUGUAAAGGCUGGUGAACUACCUUUUGUGGCUGGGAAGUCUGUCAGCUCCAGCCACUCUGUCAGCGCAAACGUACAGAGUGUGCUGCACAUUAUGAAGCAUCGCAAUCCCUGUGUCUCAUCACGAGCACAAAGAGGAGCUACAGCUGGGAUUUCAGGGCACAGUGCACUUUCAAACUCUGUAUCCUCUUGUUCCACAUCACCCACUGCCACCAGGAGCUUUUCAGACCUUCUGUUGGCCUUUCAAGACAAGCUGGGCCAAAUGAGCUCUGAGCAUCAAGAACUUCUGGAGCAGAUACAGGAGACUCAAGACUCCCAAGCUCAUGAAGACCUAGAACAGGAGCUGGAUUGCCUCGUAAAACAAAUGGAGAUGAAAGGAAAACAAAUAUCCAAGCUGAAAAAGCAUCAGGCUACUGAACCUAAGUCACUGGGUAACAACUGCACCUUGGUUUCAUUCUUUUGUAUAUCUUUAUGGCCACAGUUUGCCUUUGUUUUGGGAUGAUGAAGAGUAGCACAUACACUGUGGUGCAACCUUGUUGUCAUCUCUGCCUCUUACCAGUGUGCAGAUCUUCUGGCAAGUACUCCAUGCUCUGGUACAGCCUGGUCAGAGCACACCCCUUAGGGUCUUGCUGUAAAUAGUAGUGUCUGUAUGAUUACUGUCCAUGCAUGUAUCAAUACAGGCCAUUCCUCUAACUCCCUGGCCUGGUUUUUUUUUUUUUUUUUCUGGUGCUUUUGCACACAGACAUUUCCAUUUGUAUUUUAUACAGGCCAGUCUUAAUAUUUCUAACACUUAUUUCUUUUUUUAGAACCUGCCAUACUAAAAGUGCCAUGCUAAUCUCUGUGUUUCACAGUUAAUAAUAUGUUCUAGAAAGCAAUUAAAGUUAAUUAUUUUUAGAAAUGGACUUAAAGCCUAAAUUGACAUUUGGAAUCUUUCCAGCCUAAUUUUAUCUUUGGGAAGUGACCUUUUCAUGCCAAGUGCAAGUCAAGACUCAUUAUCUGACAUUUUAAAAAAACAUUCUUUAGCAAUUAACCCUAUUUAUUCUGUUUUCCACUUUUGUUAAGGAGGCUUCAAAAUAAGCUUCUUAGAUCCAGUAAUUGAUAAUUAACACUAUACAUUUUUAAAGUUUAUUGUUUUUUUAGAAGUUUAUUGCUUUUUUUUUUAAUUAGAGUAGUACAAUCUGAAAUGGAAAUAAACUGUUGUAAAUAAGAUUAUUAAGAGAUGAUGUUCCAGCUGUCUCGAGAAAGCAUUUUUAUAUUAAGAGUGAUGGGAUUCAACAACCAGUUGAGUGUGGGUGAGGUCAAUUUUCUGUGGUGGUUUCUUUAUGGGCAAGGUCAGUUUUCUGUUACAGUGAGACAAGUGUGCAAGGUUAUUAAGUUUAAACUUUUCUUUUUUUUUAAAUGUCUCUUAGUCAUCUGUAGUUUGGAGUUCAGUAGAAGUCCAGUCAUCUCUACAGCUGUGGGUCUUUGGAUAUGUAACAUGCUAAUUAGUAAUUUUUCUUUUCCUAGGUGAAGAAAUUAAAGAGAAAAACUCAGAAAUUGAAGCAAGGGGCAACUCAUGUCAAACUAAAGUGUGAUGAACAAAAGGAAGCAAA